AUGAAAAAGACCAAGGAGCUUAUAACGCUGAAGCCUCCUCUCCUGGUCUACGGAAUAGUUUUGGUUUUUACAAUGGUCGCGCUCACAAUGAAUCCCUCACUUUUGGAGUUGCCGCGAAUUGCAGCGCUGAAGGAUCAUCUUGGGCCGGUUUCCUUCAGCAUCUCUUUCCUGGCAAUCGUCCUCUACCAUACGCAGCACCAAAUCUCCAUUUAUCAUCGGAAAUUCCACAAGAAGAAGAUAUACCUGUACAUCCAUGUGUUCACAGGUCUCACCGGGGCGGUCCGGUAUCGACUGAAUGCGAUAUUCCAAAGAGACGCGGACCUCUUGCCCGAUGCUCUGGAUGUACUCUUCUGUCUCAUUUGGUCAUGGACGAGCUUCGAGCUGGUCAAGACACUCCGCCGAGGAGAUCCUCGAACCACCCGGCCGCCGUAUCAAGCGGGUGCCUGCCUACGUCCGGUCGUGACCCUGAUUUCAUUUUUCUGUGGCAUACCCAGUCUAUACAAGGUAGCGGUGUACGCGCUAGAUAGCUUUGUCUAUGCCCGAUUAGCCAUUUUCUUUUUCAGCUACACACCCUAUAUCCGAACCUAUUCAGCGAGCCAGAUCUAUGCGAUCUCCAUUCCGCUAGUGGCAGCGCUGAGCGUCCAUAACAGCCGAGUCCCUGGAGCAUCAUUGGUAUUUAUCUUCGCGACUGCCUAUAUUGCGAAGUUGAAUGAAUGGGUCACAAAGCAAUCCCAAGCCAUGAGACAGAGUUCUGAGGCUUCUCUUCAAAGCUCAGAAUAUAAGAAAAAACUGGUGUCUAUGUUGAUCGGACUGGGAUUUGUGGAGUUGGAAGAAUUAAGAUUGGUGGCGGAACAUGAUGGGAUCAAGAAGCCAGUCUAUGACGAUUAUGUUUCAAAGAAGUAUGGAGAAGAAGAUUUUUGA